AUGCAGGUUCUGUCGGAGGCGACCCCCAUGACCAACGGUGAGGUGUACGCCUUGCUGCGCCGUCGCCGCGAUGAGCGAAACGCGGCGCGGCACCCACCCUUUGGACUGCAGCCCGUGCUCGCCGACAGCCACCAGCGUGCGGCGGUCGCCACCGGCGCUGCGGCAGCAACCGCGGUAGCGCCAUCAGCACCGGCGUCCGCGUCAGCUAUAUCAAGAGCAGCGUCGGUGAUGAGCCACAACAGCGUCGGGCAGCACAGCGGCAGCAAGGCAGCCCCGGCAGGGGCCAUUGAAAGUGCUGCCUCCGCAGCAGCGGCGUCGACCGCCAGUAUUCUCGCCUCACCUUCCUCCGUACACCUGGUCGUGCUCCUCACAGAGGUGACCAUGCUCAACUACAUUGCAAAUCACUCCUCUCUGCUGCUUGAAUCAGCAAGGCCGACGCCGGCUGGCGUGCGAGUGCGCACGUGUACGCCGCGCGACGUGUAUGGGCCUACGUCGGUGUACAACCGGGUCGUCGGCACCGAAGGUCGAAGUGAUGCCGCUGUAGGGGCGUCGGCAACGGCCGCGGGCUCGCUGUUGGAUGCGGAGCUCGUGUCAUCGUGCUACGCCAAGUUGGCCUCCCACCGCCCAGGGACACGCGGACACGUCCGCGGCGUCGAGGAGCUGCUGGAGCACUUCGAAGAGGUGGGGCGUGCGCAGGAGCGCCUCUACGCGGCAGGAGUGCGCCGCGCGGUGCAGCAACUUUGGCGCCGGCGGCUGUGGGUGCCGGCGGAGGGCCUGUACCCGCCGCCAUCUCCACCGUUCGCAACGACAGCACCGUCGCUGAGCAACGGUAGCGCGCUGGUGAAAGCCGAGCCGGUCGCCGAGGAGGACGUUGACGGCACAGCGGAGGCGGUGCAGAGGUUGUCGCAGGACAAGGCAGCCAGGCAGAGCGGUGCUGGAGAAACGAACCACGACGCCGAAGGUGCGCAGCCCACCAACGCGUCGCAUCUGGUGACGCCGUUGCUGCUCGAGCCUACUCCGCUGUGGGGCCCAGCGGCGAGGAACGGUGGUGGCAAGGGUAGCGUAGAUGGCGGUGCGGCUACCGCGAGCAUGGCGCACAGUCCGCUCAGCUAUCACGUUCAGCUGCAGCUGCAGCAGGCGAGUCGGUCUCUGCUGUCGGAGGCCGAAGUGCUCCAACUCGUCGUAGGCCGGCCGCAGCGUGCACUGGACGUGUACCGACUGCUGGACGACGUCGAUGACCGUCUGCAGUACAGGGAAGAGGCGGUGAACGCCUUCGUGGAGGCCGUGACUGGCGUCUUCGCCGAAUGA